GAAACGAUAUAAAUUUCUUUAUUUUAUUCUAUGGAUACAAUUAUUUAUUUAUUGAUUUUUUGUAUUUUUAUAGGAAUAUAGCAAAAAUGGCUGCCAAGAAAUCAAAAAAAGCCACCGAAUCAAUUAAUACACGUCUUGCUUUAGUAAUGAAGAGUGGUAAAUAUACAUUGGGAUACAAAUCAACUCUUAAGACUCUUCGCCUAGGAAAAGCUAAACUUGUUAUUAUUUCUGGUAAUUGCCCACCAUUGAGAAAACAUGAAUUGGAAUAUUAUGCUAUGCUUUCAAAAACUCCUGUGCACCAUUAUUCUGGCAAUAAUAUUGAUCUCGGUACAGCUUGUGGUAAAUACUUUCGUGUAGGAGUGUUGAGUAUCACCGAUCCUGGUGAUUCCGAUAUUCUUUCUAGUUCUUCUCAAUAAUAGUUAUAUUGUUGUACAUUUUUACUUACAGAAAAUAAUAAAAUUAUUUAA